AAGACUGAUGUCCCUUGCCAUAGACACCCUCGUUUCCUUAUUCGUCAUAGGCCUGCGCGCUUUGCUUUGGCGCAUGCGUUUUACGUCAUGCUCGUGCGCCAUUAGAAAAGAGGGUCUUUUCCUGUUCUCCGUUGUUUCCCUCUCGGUGCCUCGCAGAGCGGCUAUAAUGGCUGCCGAGCCUCGCAGCCUCCCUCUAGCGCUGCUAGUCUUGUUGGCGUCCCAGCUCCUUCCCAGGUGUUGGGCUUUGGAGGUGGCCGGGAACGGGGAGGCUCUGGGAUCCGGGGAGCGGUUUAAGAUUGAGGGUCGCGCAGUGGUGCCAGGAGUGAAGCCCCAAGACUGGAUUGCGGGGGCUCGCGUGCUUGUGGACGGGGAGGAGCACGUCGGUUUCCUCAAGACAGAUGGAAGCUUUGUGGUUCAUGAUAUCCCUUCUGGAUCAUACGUGGUUGAAGUUAUAUCUCCAGCUUAUAAAUUUGAACCAGUACGAGUGGACAUCACAUCAAAAGGCAAAAUGAGAGCAAGAUAUGUAAAUUACAUCAAAACAUCAGAAGUUGUCAGACUGCCAUACCCACUUCAGAUGAAAUCUUCUGGACCCCCUUCUUACUUUAUAAAGAGAGAGUCUUGGGGAUGGACGGAUUUCUUAAUGAAUCCCAUGGUUAUGAUGAUGAUCCUUCCAUUGCUGAUCUUCGUAUUGCUGCCUAAAGUUGUCAACACAAGUGAUCCUGAUAUGCGGCGGGAAAUGGAGCAAUCGAUGAACAUGCUGAACUCUAACCAUGAGCUGCCUGAUGUAUCAGAGUUCAUGACAAGACUUUUCUCUUCAAAAUCUUCUAGCAAGUCUAGUGGUAGUAGCAGUAAAGCAGGGAAAAGUGGGGCAGGAAAAAGGAGGUAGUUGUUUCUUUCCCUCCACCCAGAACCACAAUUUGCACAGCUCUGUUAUGUGGUACCAUCUGUACAUUCUGUGGAAGAACAAAAAGCCACUACUGUAACCUUAAUCCAAUGUCAAAUUGGACAUGAUACAACUAUUGUGUGUGGUGUAGCUUUUUAACCUAUUUAUGUAUCUUGUUCUUUAAAUAUGCGAGGAUGUAGUUACAAUUCUGUAUCUAUAUGGUCUGUGCUGAUAAUGAAUGAACUUUAUAGAGAAUGACAUUAAAAAGUUUAAAUUAU